GACAUGUGAUCACCCUCAAAGGUCUGAACCUGAGGGACUGCCCCAUCAGUUUCCCUCCGCAACACAUUGUGAACCAGGGGCUCCGGAGCAUCCUCCAGUUCCUCAGGAGUGCUAUGGCUAAGCGGCCCGUUAGCAUGAGGAAGACCCCCCCAGUGGUAGAGUUGCCAGUGGUGGAGAAGCUCCAGCUGUCAGAGCUGAUGGGGUCCAGUAUGGAGGAGCAGGAUGAGUCAGUGGAUGAGGACGAGCUGCAGAAAUUCAAGGAACUCAAACAGAAGAUGAUCCUGCUGGACAAAGCUGAGCUGGGCUCAGUAGCACGGGGGGAUGGAAACACAAAGUCAUGUCUUCUUGCUAUUACCAAAAGAAAAAAGGCAACUACCAAGGCCGGCAUAAUUCCUGAGCUCCCUCUGUUUGACACUCAGCAUUGGAAGAGGCCAGAAGAAAAGAAACAGGCUGCGAUGAAAGAGCUGAAAGAGAAACAAGCUCUUCUCGAGCAGAGAAGAACAAGUCAAGAGGCUCUUCGGAAGUGGGACACACAAGCCCAAACCACACAGGAGAAGAAAAUGUCUGAGCGCAAGCAGAAGGCGCAUGAAAGACAAAGAAAACGAGAGGAAGUAGAAACCGAUUCCGAGCCCGAUGAUGAGGACAGAAGUGAUGCUUCUCGGAUUCAGAUGCCUGGCUUUUCUGUCCCUGAGUGGGAGGAGGACAGAUCUGCCCGUAGGCUGGAGCGGCAGAUCUCUGCCCACGUUGAGAAGAUGCAGCAGAGACGCAGUAGUCGCAGGGGCACGACCACCGAGCAGAUGGCAGCGGCAGAGCAAGACGUGGAAGAGAUGAGGAAGUUACAGGCUCGGCUUCUGGAGAAGAAAAGAAAUCGGGGAAGAAAUUCUUUCACUAUCUUUACUGGAGACACCUGGCAGAGUUUCCUUGAGAAACAGUGACAUAGGUUAUAAUGGCAGUCACUCCCACACAGUUUUGUGGUAUUGAAUUCACGCUCAUAAUUGGCUGUAAAGACUAAUCCCUUCACCACUGUAAUGCUCUUCAAAAUAAAGCAGCCGUUGCUGGGAAAGAGAGUUUUGAAAUGUUC